AUGGGUAAGUGGAACUAUCAGGACUUGGCGUAUUUCGAUGAUGCGACCAUGAUUCUGGGCCUAAACACUGCGAAGGAGCCUGAUUCGAUGGUCCGACCGGUACGGCAUCCUCGGCUUCCCCCCGCACAAGCAAUGGAUAGACGUGGAACGGCGUACCCAACCAUGGUAAUUGAAGUCGGUCACAUGCAAACCCUCCCUGACCUGCAUCGAAAGGUAGCACUCUACUUUAAUCCUCGAACCACAAUUCAGAUUGUGCUGGCUGUUAAGGCUGGUAUUCCAGCUUACCAAAUGAACAUUCCAGCAAUAGAACUCUUUGACGGGGAUCCUACCAGUGUUCCUGCAUCAGCAGUUGGUGGAUUCAACUUAGAUUUGUGGGAACUUCAAUUUGUAGCACGGCAAGAAUUCAACUUACCAUAG